AUGCUCUCCCUAGAAACCGUGGAUUACCAACAUAUCUAUAGACGCAAAAUAAAACAAUCACAAGAAGGCUUCCACUGGACCACAAAAUACGGCUUCCAGUAUGGAUUACCCACCGCGGCCAUCGUCCCCUCCACCCCCAAACCCGACCUCUCCCCAACCUACGAUGUGAUUAUCAUCGGGGCUGGCUUUGCCGGACUAACCGCCGCGCGGGACCUCUCAUUCCGAGGCAAAAAGACCCUUCUCAUUGAAGCUCGCGACCGCAUUGGCGGACGCUGUUGGACCGUACCUACCGGACCAGACACGCAGGUCGAGAUGGGCGGGACAUGGGUGCACUGGCAGCAACCGCAUGUGUUUAGCGAGUUGCAACAAUACGGAAUGGACGAGUUUGAAGAGACGGUGGCGGGCGGUGAGGAUUGUGAAGUCGUGUUCUUUGACGUGGAUGGACAGGGCGGUCGCAGUGUGAUACCGUUUCCAUUUAACCUGGAAGCGAGCGUGAAGCAGAAUGCCGAGUAUUUGGACGUGGAUAAACUGAGCAUUGAAGAUCGAGUCGCGCAGCUUGAUGGACUUACUCAGGAGGAGAAAGCAAUGCUGAAAGCGCAUCUUGCUUCAUUCUACGGGGUACCGCUGGAAAAGACCUCGUUCAUGGAAGUGCUUCGCGUCCAUGCAUUGUGCAACUUUGAUCCGGGCAUGAUGGAGCCAGCGACUAUGAAGUAUAAGCUCGCGGAAGGCACUACUGCUUUUGCGCUUGCCAUUCUUGAAGAGUACAAGGGGGAUCGGAUCUUUGGGUCUCCUGUGUCGUCGAUAAAGCAGAGUGAUGGCGAGUUCCCUGUCAGUGUCACUUUGAAGAAUGGGGAUCGGUAUUCUUCCGAGGCUGUCAUCUCAACAGUCCCGAUUAAUGUCAUUUCCUCGAUUGUGUUCGACCCUCCGCUCUCAGCACUCCGACAAGAAGCAUUCUCCAGUGGCGUCACUCCUGCACGAACCGAUAAACUCCUCGUCUACACCCCAACCAAGCUCAACAAUGGACUCAACAUCGCCUGCGAGGGAGAUAUGCCCUACGCAAGUAGCUUCACCGACGGCAUCCACGGCAACCAUACCCUCCUUACUUUACUCGCUCAUCCAGAUAUCAGCCUCGACCGAUCUGACGAAAAUAUCCGUCUUGUGGAGACACUUCGGCCUGCAGGCGUGACAGUAGACUCUGCCUAUGGCCACCUCUGGUCCGAUGAUCCGUACGCCGGCGGAGUAAUGCCGGUCCGUGGUCCCGGGUUUCUGGAAAAAUAUCAUGAGGAGAUACGAAAGCCCCAUGGACGGGUGUAUUUCUGUGGCUCGGAUUUUGCGGAUGGUUGGCGGGGGUUUAUUUCGGGGGCGUUUGAGGAUGCGUAUCGAGUAACUAGGGAGGUGUUGAAAGCGUGUUAA